CCCCCUCGCGACGCCUCAUUGGACGAACGCAUUAAUAGAUACGAACUGAAGCCGCUGGAAUCAGAGGCAGACAGCCAACACAGACACAAACACAAUGAGACAUUCGCGGUCCUUCAAAUGCAUUGCAUUUCUUCUGAUUACACUGCACCAGACCUCUGGAUUCUGGUUAUUUAACGUUAUCUUCCCUCCGACGGCCAAACCUCGCGUCAUAAAUAAUAGCACUCCUCCUCUUAUCAUAGUACCUGGAAAUCUGGGUAAUCGCCUUGAGGCCAAAAUAGACAAGCCCACACUGGUACACUGGAUGUGUUACAAGAAAACUGAGGACUGGUUCCCUCUGUGGAUUGACCUAAACAUGUUUAUGCCUAUUGGAGUUGACUGCUGGAUUGAUAAUAUAAGAAUUGUGUACAACAGGACAACUCGGAAGACAUCUAAUGCGCCCGGGGUGGAAAUCAGGGUCCCUGGAUUUGGACAGACGCACCCUAUAGAGUUUCUUGACUUAAACAAACUGACAGGUUACUUUCAUACCAUGGUUCAACAUUUGGUCAGCAUUGGAUAUGUGCGAAAUGAGACUGUCCGUGGUGCUCCGUAUGACUGGAGAAUCGCUCCAAAUGAGCAGGAGGAGUAUUUUUCAUGUUUGAAGAACCUGGUGGAGGAGAUGCAUGAUGAGUACAAGCAACCAGUCUACCUUCUAGGCCACAGCAUGGGAAACAACUACAUCCUGUAUUUCCUCAACCAGCAGACUCAGCACUGGAAAGACCACUACAUUAAAGGCUUCAUCUCUCUGGGAGCACCUUGGGGUGGCGCUGUGAAGCCCCUCAGAGUCUUAGCAUCAGGUGAAAACGAUGGCAUACCCUUUGUGUCCAAUAUAAAAAUCCGCGAAGAGCAACGGAUGACCACCACAAAUCCGUGGAUGAUCCCUUCUGAAGAGGCUUGGCCCAAAGACCACACCUUCAUCUCCACCCCCUUUUUCAACUACACCAACCAGGACUAUCAACAGUUCUUCAAAGACAUCAACUUUGAGGAUGGCUGGUACAUGUGGGAGGACACCAAAAACCUCACCGCCGGUCUGCCCACACCUGGCGUCGAGGUCUACUGCCUCUAUGGGGUGGGCCUCCCUACACCCGUCACAUACGUGUACGACGAACAGUUUCCAAAUGCCGACCCCAUAGAUAUUAUUUACGAUGAUGGAGAUGACACAGUAGGCAGCCGCAGCAUGAGUCUCUGUAAGCGCUGGAUAGGGAAACAGGAACAGGCCGUGCAUGUGACAGAGUUCAGAGGCAUGGCUCAUUUGGACAUGGUCUUUAAUCACAAGGUUCUUACAGCAAUCCAGAGAAUUUUGGAGGGAAAGUACCAUGAGAAAACAGACGACAGCUCUGAAGAGCCUCCAUCUCUUAGCCUAGGUUUUGUAUGACGUUAGAAGUGUCCUGAUCUCGUGUACAAAAGUCAUCUCUUUGUAUUGGUUUAUAUUAAUAGACAUGAUAUACUCGUUUGUUACAGUGUAUAAUACAGAAUUUAUCAAAUAUAUUUAAUCUGUACAUUAAAGAUUAUAGACACCAUAGCUCUUAAAGUGUGAAAUGUACUAGAUGUUUCUUUUUUGUAUAACAAAAACGACUACGUUUUUUUCCGUUUUAAUUUUUCUGGACUCCUUUUUAAUGGUUAAAUUAAAUUUUAAUCAAAAAGCAUGUCUAGCUAAUUAAAAUCAUGAAACUUGAACAAUUUAACAUCAAUUUAUUAAAAGCUGAACAAAAAUGA